AUCGCACUGCCACCUUCAGCUGUGCCGGGGUCUCGAGACCCACAGUACGACGCCCCCAGCAAAGGACAUGCUAAAACCUAUAAUUCCACUCGUUGGACUGUUGAGCAAAGCAUGCCUGUAUGUCAACAAAGUGCAGGUUAGCGGUUUGGACGUUCUUCAACGCGCUCUGAAAGAAAGUAAUGGGCGGGGAAAGGGUGUCUUAACUAUCUCUAAUCACAUUUCAGUGGUAGACGAACCAUUUGUAUGGGGGUGCCUCCCGAUCUCUCAAUAUUUCCGGCCUCGUGAUAUGCGGUGGACACUUGGCGCUUCUGAUAUCAUGUUCACGAAUCCGAUAUUCUCUUCCUUCUUCCGUGCUGGGCAGGUUAUCGAGACCUUUCGAGGGAGAGGCAUAUACCAGCCGGCCGUUAAUGAUGCAGUAAGAAAACUCGAUGAUGGAGCCUGGAUACAUCUCUUUCCCGAAGGAUAUGUCAACCAGGCUGGAGGCCUGCUAAGGUUUCGAUGGGGCGUUGGGAGAAUCAUCAUGAACACUCGCGCAUUCCCUACGAUAAUACCUAUGUGGCUUUCAGGAUUUGACAAACUGAUGCCCGAAUCCCGCUCCUUUCCUAAAUUCAUACCCCGCCUAAGUCCUAAACACGAAGUGUCUAUCACUUUCGGAAACCCUAUAGAUUUUAAAGCGUCAUAUUCCCCACUUGGACCGUCAACGCAGAAAGCAGCACAGUUAAUGGAGCUUGGCGAAAGGCUAGAGACCCAUCGCCGUCGGCGGAGAUCCGACACCCACAUAUAUUCGCAGUCACCAAAACCGCCCCUUACCCAGCGGUAUUUAUACCCUCUCUCGGAUCACCUGUUCCCUUCGAGGCGCCAGCAACUGCUUGAGAAACGCAUCCAAAGUGAAACUGGAUUGGCCGAAUCCCUGGAUUACGGAAUAUCAUCAGAAGCGGAGGUAGUCCAGUUGAGAAAGGAUGUGACGGCGCACCUUCAAGAGUGUGUACAUGCCCUUGGCAAGCUGGUGGGGAAGUAGGUUCAGAGAAAUCAUUACACUAUCUACAUGGAGCGCACGCAUGGUU